AUGGAAGAUUACAAUAAUUCAGCUGUUGAAUCCCUUGUGUCGGAUAAGUAUUUUAAAGAAUUGGAAGUUGCUGUGAAGGCAGUGCAGAUGGCUUGUUUGCUUUGCCAGAGAAUUCAACAAACUUUGCUUUCUAAAGCAAAUGACCAUGUACAAUCCAAGGAUGAUAACUCUCCUGUUACAAUUGCGGAUUGCUGCCAUCGCAACAGAUUGCUGCAGAUGGGUAGAUUGCUGCCGACGGCAGUGCGCGAUCUCGAGCAGCGCCACUCCUGCGUCUUCUCGUCUGGCAGCGAUGGUGAGGUAGAGAUAAGGGGAGGUAGAGUAGAGAGUGUGUGGAAUAGAGAGGAGAGAACCGACGACAGUGAGGAAGACUGUUGCUGUGGUCCAAUGAGGAAGGUUGUGCUUCCAAUAGCCAGCAUAUUGCUAAAUAUGAUUUACAAUUAG